AUGCGAGCCACUUUCAGAAGUCCACGAAAGCUUAUCACUCUCCUUGUGCUGUCUCUCGUUGCCAUCCUUGUUCUGCACCAACUUAGUUUCCAUGACCAAUUUCUCCUCUGUGGCAGUCUAUCAGAGUCGAUGAAAAUAGUCGACGCAUGCCCUCGACCUAAUAUCAAAACGAGCAACGAAUCCCUCGGGACGGCCAGACCGGGUAUUCCAAAUGUAAUUCAUCAGAUAUGGAAAACGGAGCACGUCGAAACAUAUUCUACCGAGGCGUCCCACGCGUCAUGGAGAGCUCAAGCCGAAUCCAGCAAUUACACGCUGAAACUAUGGACUGACAACGACAUCCUACAGCUCAUCAAAGCCAAGUAUGCGUGGUUGCUAUCGACAUACGAGGGAUACGCGCAAGAUAUUCAGCGCGCAGACAUGGCCAGACUCGUCGUCGUUCACGCGGAGGGAGGCAUCUACGCAGAUUUGGACGUCUACCCCGUGUCGGUAGACGAGUUGUCCUGCUUGCGGCAUCUUGGCCUGCGAGCCAUCUUUUCUCCCACGGCGGGAAAUGCCGGGCUCAGCAACCACUUCUUCAUGGCUGAGCAGGGGGCGGAUUUCCUCCAAUGGGCGCUGUACGAGGGUAAACGGCGAGGCGGCCCGUUGUCGAAGCACAUUCUUCUACCUAUUCGUGGAUGUACGGCGCCUCGAGCCAUGGACUGGGUGUGCUGGGCGCGGGCUACGGGGGUUUCGUGGUUCGGCAUGCUGCAGGGCGGUCUUGGCAUGGGUUGGAUGGGUAUCUUUUGA